AUGUCGACUCCGGCCGCAAACUUGGGAGACUUCCUUCGAGUAUUGAUGGCAGUGCAGGCUGUGCUCCUGACACCCUCGGUCUCACCGACCGACUCUGACUACUCCGCCGACCCUCUGGACCUCAUCGGCUCACAGACCCCGACUCGCCUUGGCCCACCGGACGUGCACCGCCCAGACUUCAGCACGUACCGUGAGCCCGCAUCGGCUGAGGAGUCGCCCGACGAACUCGACAUCAUUGGGCGUCACUCGCGCGAUGAAUCGCCGGAUGAAAUCGAUUUCCUCACCCAACACCACCGCGCCUUCAUCGCCACAGACGACGACGACCCCACCCUCGACGCCAUCGAGCCCGUCAAAUCGAUCACUAGCGACCCCCAGACCUGGCGCGAAGCAAUGUCCAGCGACGAGCACAACAUCUGGGCUGAGGCCGCCGCCGCCGAGUUCACCGCCAUGCGCGACGACUUCAAGGUGUUCACCAUCGAGCCUCGCUCAUCUGUACCGCCGGGCGCCACCAUCGUCACCUCCAAAUUCGUCUGGAAGACCAAGCGCAACGCAAGCGGUGAAGUCACGGGGCGGAAGGCACGUCUUGUAGCGCAGGGUAACCGACAGCGCGACGGCAUCGACUUCUCAGAAACCUUCGCACCCGUCGCCCGUUUCUCCUCCAUUCGCUGCCUCCUGGCUCUUGCCGCUGCCAAUGGCUACCACGUUCAUCAGGCCGACAUCGACAAGGCUUACCUCCACGGCGAGCUCGAUCAUGAUAUCUGGAUGACGACACCACGCGGUUUCGACUUCCCGAGCGAUAAGGUUCUCCGGCUGCGACGCUCAAUCUACGGUCUCAAGCAGGCCGGUCGCAUCUGGAAUCGUCACAUUGACACAUCACUCAGGAAUCUGGGGUACAAGGCAACAGGCACUGAUCACUGCAUUUACUCUCGCAUUGACGAUCAGCAGCGGCCUCACUAUAUCGCCUUGUAUGUCGACGACCUCCUCAUUGUCAGUCCAGCCCUCGACGAGAUCGAACGUGUCAUCUCCGGCCUUGAACAGCGGUACGGCGUCAAACGACUCGGCCCCGCGGAGUACAUCCUCGGAAUCCAAAUACGCCGCCUGGACGACGGUUCCAUUGCUCUAUCCCAGGAGCGCUACAUCAUGGACGUGCUGGCCCGUUUCCACUUCGACACCACGACACGCGGCACUACGGUGCCGAUGACGCCCGGCCUCUCGCUCACGGCAAUUCCGGGUCAGGGAACGGAGCGCAUUCGUUCGUGGUACCUACAGGCCAUCGGCUCCCUCCUCUACAUCUCCCUUGGCACUCGACCCGACAUUGCCUUCGCCGUCUCGUACCUGUCCCGGUUCGCCAACAACCCCGGCCGCCGCCAUUGGAUUGCCGUCAAACACGUCCUUCGCUACCUUCGCGCCACGUACCGCGAUGAGCUUCUCUAUGCCCGCGGCCCAGCAAAAGUCACGGGUGUGGUUGGUUAUUCUGAUGCGAACUGGGGCGCCUGCGUCGACACAUCCAUUUCAACGAUGGGCUACGUAUUUUACUUGGCAGGCGCCGCUGUCUCUUGGUCGUCGAAGCGUCAGACUCGGGUAGCGGAUUCCACCACUGAUGCCGAGUACCUGGCCUUGUCGCACGCGGGUAAGGAAGCGAUCUACCUUAACCAACUCCUCUCCGAGCUCCACGUUUGCCCAAUCGCUGCAGCUCACAUCUUCACCGACAACGAGGCCGCGGCCGCCGUCGCUCACGACCCCGUUCGCACCUCCGGCACCCGGCACAUUCGCCUCCGCGAGCAUUUUGUCCGUGACAUGGUCAAUCGAGGUGAUAUCUCUCUCUCACACGUUGGCACAGCAGACAUGGUUGCGGACGUAUUCACCAAAGCGCUAGGCCCCAAGAUUUUUGGUACACAUUGCUAUGCUCUAGGCCUCCGGACGCGACAUCCACGGCUCAAGUCUACCUCGCGUUCGCGUGGGGGGGGGUGUGAGGAAUCCACUCUCCGCUCGGCUCAGGACUUAGGCGCGCGGAGCGAACCGGGCGCGGACUUAGGCGCGCGGAGUGAGCCGGGCGCCCCGGCCCAGGACUUAGGCGCGCGAAGCGAGCCUGGGACUUAG